UAAUAAUACGUUACACAUAAAUAAUUAAAAUACGAAUAAAGAAAAACAAUUACGCAUAUAAGAUGGUUCAAAAUAUCACAAAAAUAGUUGACGUUUCGUGGAGAUUCGGUGUAACUGCAGCAAGUAGUGAAUCCAACAAUGUGGGAAAAUCGUUUGUGCAACUUAAAUUAAAUUUGGAAGAAUGUGGAAAAACUAAAAAUGUUUUUGUGGAGAUGACAAUAAGUGAAUUUUAUCAAUUUUUACAUGAUCUAGAAAAAGCAAAAUGUAAUCUUGAUUUACUAGUUUGA